AUGGCAGAAACAGCCGCAGUGACAGCUCCCAUCCAGCUGCCUAUUAUCAAUAUCGCCAAUCCCGAUGAUCACGCCGUGGGAAAGGCAAUGAUUAGCGCAGCUGCCAAAUAUGGUUUCUUCUACGUCGACACCAAGGGCAGUGAUUUUUCACCGGCGGAUAUUGAGCAUAUGUUUGAAUUGUCCAAGAAAUUCUUCGCCUCUCCGCCGGAGGAGAAAGAGGCAGUCAAGAUCACUCCGAAUAACCGCGGCUGGUCCGGAAUGCAUACUGAGACCCUGGACCCCGAACAUCAACGAACUGGCGAUUUCAAAGAGGCAAUGAACUUCGGAGAGUUCAAAGAUGGAAAAGCCCAACAACCAAUCCCUUCCUCCCUUGUCCCGCAUGAGACAGAGCUCUGUCACUUCGCCGAAUUAUGCAAUAAGACAUGCUCUCGCAUAUUGAAGCUAAUGGCUCUAGGACUAGAGAUCCCAUCAGACUUCUUCACUUCCCGCCAUGACCCCUCUAAGGGUCCAACUGGCUCUAUCCUCCGUCUGCUCUACUACCCUUCCAUUUUCUCCCCUGCGUCUUCAACCUAUAAGCAUGACGUGGACGUUCGCGCAGGGGCGCAUUCCGAUUAUGGUAGUAUCACCCUCUUGUUCCAGAGACCCGGCCAGCCGGGUUUGGAGAUCCUCACUCCGGAAGGAACUUGGGCUCCUGUGCCUGUUCAGCCUGGUGAAGCUACGCUCACAGCUGCAAGUUCGUCAUCUACAUCGACUGUGCCUCCGAUAUUGAUUAAUAUCGGCGAUCUCCUCAGUUACUGGACCGAUGGCCUCCUUAGGUCCACUGUGCAUAGAGUCGUGUUUCCUUUGGCGGAGCAACGGGCCCCGAAUCCUCAGGACCGAUACAGUAUGGCGUUUUUCUGCCAUCCUGUGAAUGAGACGGAGUUGGUUCCUGUGCCGAGUGAGAUCGUGGCUGCUCAUAGGGAGAGAGUGAAGGAGAGUCAGAGUCAGGGCGGGAGCCAGAAAGUCGGGUUCGGUGGUGGAGCGGGAGAUCUGGAACCGGGCAAGAGGGCCUUGACGGCGGUGGAACACUUGGCUUCAAGAUUGGCGGCGACGUAUGGGUUUAAGAAGGAAGAAUAUUCCGCGUGA